UUGCCUAUCCUGUCUUUUAAAUUUUUUAUCGAAUGAUUUUUCCCUGGGUUGCCAAUCAUGACUUGAACCUGUUUGAAAAUCACAAUCGUAAUCCAUAUGCGGGCCCCCACAAAAUUUACAUGGUCUCCACAUUAUUGGCUCAUCUUCAAAAUACAUACAAAUUUUUGCGCUUUCCAUUGAAUUAUUUUCAACAUCGAUUAAAAAAUUUAUGUCUGCAUUAUCUGUUUCAUCAUAAUUUAUUCUCUUUCUUUCUCUGAGGGUCAUUGGAUGGGUUCUUCCCUUUUGAUGUGAAUCAAUACUAUUAUUUAUUUCCAAUUCUUUAUUUUUCUCUUCAUCUUCUAUUGCCAAUUCUAAAGGAUAUAGAAGAGCGAUGGCGCGAGUAAUGAUUUUAUUUUUACACAAAACUUUCGCGGAACGAUACAAUCCAUCUCGACUCUUGAUUAAAUACUGUAUUUUGCCUAAACUCCAAAAAUGUUUUGGGAGAUUUGAAUUUUGAAUAAGUACCAGCUCUCCAACUUUUGGUGAAUAAUUUUUUCUGAAUCUUUUUUGCGCGUGCCUAUUUGUUCUUUCUUUAAUAUCAUUUAAGUAUUCCUUUUCAAAUUUUUCCCAAAAUGUAUUUACUAUUCUAUUUGUUUCUUUCCAAUUAUUUAUUAUUUCUAUCUUUUGGGAAACUUUUUCUUCAAAAUUAUCUGUCUCAAAAUUUUCAAAAUUAAUUCCUUGUUUAAUUCUUGUUGGGUGGACUAAAUCUAUUGGACGCAACACCUCAAUUUCUUCCAAAUCAUUAUACAAAUAGGUAAGGGGACGAGAAUUGAUUACGUAUUUUAUUUCUGGCAAUAGUGUUCUGAGCUCUUCUAUAUUUAACAUUUUUCGGCCAACAGAAUUUUUAAGAGCUUUUUUCAUAAUUUUUACUAUCGAUUCAUACACGCCGCCGAACCAUGGAGAAACGGCGGGUAUGAAUCGCCAUUCAAUUUUUUCACAAUCCAAAUUCUUUUCAAUUUCAUUUAUAACUUUACUAGUCAGUCUAUAUUGGGUUCCAUUGUCGCUCAAAAUUAACGUAGGUUUUCCAUAUUCCGCUAUAAACCGCCUUAAAGCUUGAACACAUGUAUUUGCGGAAAGAUCAGUAAUUAACUCUAAAUGCGAAAAUCUUGUUGUUAAACAUGUAAAUAUUUCUAUCCAUAUUUUUAUUAUUUUAUUUUCUUGUGUUUUUACAUGAAAUGGGCCUGCAUAAUCCAAUCCUGAAUUUUUAAAAGGUGAACAUUUUUUUAUUCUUUCUUCGGGUAGUAUUGGCAUUUUUGGUAUUUCAAAGGGUUUUAAUAAUUGUUUUCGACAUUGAAGACAUUUAUUAAUUGUACUCUUCAUUUUUUGUCUUCCUUUUGUUAUCCAAAAACAUUGUCUUAAUUCACACAAACUUUGU